AUGUUGUAUUUAUUCAUGAAGGGUGAGAUUGAAGUUAGAGACGCUUCGAAUGAGUCGCUGGUUGUGUUCAGCACAUCAGUACCGAACGCGACAGAUAAUUUCGGUGGGAUGCCACCGAAACGUUGCACCGUUUUCGGUUGGAUUUCACCGGUGAGAAACUUAAUAUUCGGUGGGGAUCCACCGUAA